AUGGCGGGGAAGGAGGGGAAGGAGACGGGCCUCGAGCCGUACGUAGACCUGACUGUGUCGGUGAUCACCAAUGACGGCCGCAACAUCGUGGGGGUGCUGAAGGGGUUUGACCAGGCGACCAACAUCAUUCUGGAUGAGUCACACGAGCGCGUCUACUCCACCAAGCACGGUGUGGAGCAGCUGGUACUGGGGCUGUACAUCAUCCGCGGCGAUAACAUUGCGGUGGUGGGCGAGUUGGACGAGGACCUAGACUCGAGUCUCGACUUUGAUGCUCUCAGAGCACAGCCGCUGCAACCUGUGUGCCACUAA